AUGUUACUGCGACCCGCGACUCCGCUUACUAUCCUUCUCCUGAUCGCGUUUGUGCUCUUACUUCUCUCCGUCAUCUCCACCCCAAUCGUCAAGGGGAUUCCCUUGGCGACAUUCAAAAAUGUCGAUUACGGUGUUUUUGGUUAUUGUAAAAAUGACAAAUGUACCAACAUUCACGUUGGGUACACCAAUGACGAUAUGACCAGCACCGGCUCCAGUAGUGACUUUAAUCUCCCGUCAACGACCCGAGUAUCGUUAUCCUCCAUCCUGAUCGUCCAUCCGGUGGCCGCCCUCCUCACUCUCAUAUGUCUCUGCAUGGCCAUCGCUGCGCAUUUCCAUGGCCCGUCGCAUUCGCCUCGCUACCUUUUGGCGCUUUUGAUCCUCCUUCUUCCGACCCUUCUCGUCACCCUUCUUGCCUUCCUGGUGGAUAUCCUGUUGUUUGUGCCACAUCUCGGAUGGGGCGGGUGGAUUGUGCUCGCAGCGACCAUCAUCCAUGUCAGCUGUGGUGUCGUCACCUGUGCGAUGCGCCGGACCCUCGUCAGCCGCAAGGCCAGGAAGAAGCGGAUCGCGGAGAAUGCCGAAAUGAGCGGGGAGAAUUUUUACAACCGCCAGAAUGCAGCCGCCGCCGCCGCGGCGGUGAAUGAACCCAAGGCCUUCCAGAUGGAGACAAAGGAUUCGUUUGUCACCCCUCCUGGCUCCGACAAUGGCCCUACAUUUGCUACCUUCCGGACCAACACACGAGAGAGCGAUGACGAUCGCACGCCUUUGAACUCAAGGACCCCGGCCAACGAUGCGGAACAUCAGUUCCAGGUGCGCGAGGACGCACCCUAUCAGCGCGAAGAUACUCUGCCACCUGGUCCGUACGGCCCAGGCCCGGGGCCAAGAAUGCGACCCGGCCCGAACGAUCCCCGACUGCAUAACCAGUAUUCGGACCCUAACAUGGGCUCGCGCAGAGGCCCACCCCCUCCUGGAUUUAAUUCGCGGGGACGAGGUGGCUACCCUCCUCGGGGCGGCUACGGUCGCGGAGGCCCGUAUGCGGGCCCCAGGGGACCACCACCAGCUGGUGUGAGGGGGGCCCCGAUGGGUCCUAUGCGGGGAGGGCACCCAGGAAUGAUGGGACGAGGGGGUUAUCGUGGGCCACCAACCCUCGGCUAUGGACCAGGGUCUCGACCGAUGCCACCUCCGGAGGAGGCUGCGUACGAUUACCACGGCCCGCCCAAUGGCCAGAUGCGCCAGCCAUCUCCCGGGCCCAUUGGAAUGGCAGUGUCAGCCGACGCGGGACCAAUUGGUCAGGCAAUUGAAAUGACGCCGCAGCCCAGACGAACGGGAUCUACCGAACCACAGAUGCAGGACUCAUUAGAGCCGCAACCGCAUGCUGUCUCGGCCGAUGGGUAUGCGGAGCCCGUGAGCCCAUCGAGUCUCUACAGCCGCACUCCGUAUGACAUGUCUCAAGUGCCUUCCAGCUCUGUCCCCCUAACAGAAUCUAGGUCGUAUGUUCCUCCACGUGCUGGCUGGGGCGCCGAUCUGCGUGUGGGCCCGUCUCCGUCUCCUGUGCACGCGUAUGGUGCCCGCAGCAUGAACCGCUCUCCGCAAACGCAUGUCCGGUCCAACUCGGGCGACUACUACGAAGAUAACGACCCGCGGUUUGCGAAUCGGAACGAGUCGGCUGUGGGCAACCCGCGGCUCCCUACUGCGUUGACACCGGGCAAUAAUGCGAUAUAA